GCUGUUUACCUGUGGGGGUUUCGCCCCGACCUGUGAGCACUCCCGGGUCCGCUGGGCCCGGUACCGCGGGAGUCAGCGCUUAACCGGUACCGGGGACCUCCGGAGACACCGCAAGGGACGGCAGCGUUGAAAUGCGGGUUUGUUCCCCCCGGUACCGCGCCGCGGAAGGUUGGGAUUGCCCUAGGAGCGGCUGCCCGGCCCGGAAGAGCGAGUUCGGGUACCGAACCCGGUCCUGGUGCUGCCGGCACUGCGGGCUAUGGAAAGGAAGCAGCAAUUCUGACUAAUGAAUGCUUUUAACGUUGAACAGACUCUCUCGGAACAGGUCCCCCGGGCAGAGAGCAGAGCCCGGCUGGGCUGCGGAGAAAGGCGUUUCCAUGGCAACCGGGGAGCUGGCGGCUGCGGGACCCUCAUUAGCGUCCCGUUUGUACAUUCCCCGUUAAUUACGGGACAGCGGAGCUGGCUGGGAGCAUCCUGCAGGCUCAGGAGCGGGGUGCUGGGUGUAUAGCUGGAUGGCUGCGGGCAGCUGUGGAGGUUUUAAUGAACGAGUACAGAAGAUUCAUCAAUUUCUACGGAGUUCUGAGACCCCUAAAGCUCAGUGUGGUUCACACGUGUGUCUCCAGAGGGAAGAAGAAUGUCCCAAAAACACCUGAAAGAAGCUUUUGUCAGCAAUUUAAAUGGCACCACUCUGCUGGAAAUCUCCCUGGGCUUGUCCCUGCCACCUCUCUGCUUGCUUUGCAGGGGGCUCCUCUUGGUUUUGUAUCAGCUGCACUACGGGAAGCCUUUAACUUCCAGGAGAUGCAGCCUGCUGCUGGACUUCCUUGUGCUGGUGUCUCCUCUCCUCUUCUCCUGCACAGUCCUGUCCCCAGUCCUGCCUGCUGUGCCAGCUGUCCUCGCAGCCUCCUGUGCAGGAAUAUUCUCCAAAAUCUACAGCCAAAGAAAACCCCAGAGCAGAGUGCCUUUUGGGCAAAUGGUUAAAGACUUCCAGAAGACAUACUUGGAUGCAGACUGCAUUCCAGCAGUAACUGUGUUCCGUGUGUAUCUCAACGUCCUGACAUCCAUCAGCAUCCUAGCAGUGGAUUUCCCCCAGUACCCGCGGCGAUACGCCAAAACUGAGACCUAUGGAACAGGAGUCAUGGAUCUGGGGGUUGGAGCUUUUAUUUUUGGCAAUGCCAUCAUCUGUCCCGAGGUCAGACAAAAAUCUGGUGCCACACAACUGAAAUUCUCCCAUCUGGCCAGGCAGUUGUUCUCUGUCUGGCCCUUGCUGUUCCUCGGUGUCGGGCGCCUGCUCAGCGUUAAAUCCCUCGAGUAUCACGAGCACACUUCAGAGUAUGGAGUGCACUGGAAUUUUUUCUUUACCUUAGCAUUUGUGAGGCUGGCAGCAUCCCUACUUUUGGCCAUAUUUCCAAAAAACAAAUCCUGGCUCGUUGCUCUCAGCCUGGUUGUGCUUUACCAGCUGACUCUUGACUCCACCUCUCUGAAGCUCUUUCUCCUGCAGGGCAGCGAUGGCAGAGGCACUCGGGUUGGCUUCCUAAACGCCAACAGGGAAGGGUUGCUCUCUCUUUUUGGCUAUCUGGCCAUAUAUAUGGCAAGUGUCCAGGUGGGCCUGUGGCUGCUGAGGUGCAGAAGCUCAGCCAGAGGCUGGGCUGAAGCAGGGUGUUCCCUGCUGCUCACUGUUCUCCUGCUCUUUGCCUGUCUGCAGGUGGUGCAGGCGGUGGUGGAGCCCGUGUCCCGCCGCAUGGCCAACCUCUCCUACUGCCUCUGGGUGCUCGCUCACUCCCUGACUUUUUUCCUCUGGUUUCUGGGCACUGACCUGAUCCUGGUGUUCACCAAGCUCCUGGUGAAAGGCUCCAGCCUGCCCUGCUGCUGGGAGGUUGUAAAACCCCCUACUACCAGUUGGAAGCAGGAGGGGGAGGUGGUGCCCCUGGGGAGGCAAGGCAAGCUGGAGCAGAUUUGCCUGAUUAGUGCUAUUAAUAAAAACCAGUUGUUAUUUUUCUUGCUAGCAAAUGUUAUGACUGGUGCUGUGAAUAUGCUGGUAGAUACAAUCCACAGCCAGAGUGCAUUUACAUUAUGUGUGCUACAUCUGUAUAUGUUUCUUAACUGUUUGAUUAUGUAUAUAUUGCAGGCCAAAAAUAUAGUAUUAAAGUUCUGGUGAGUGCACGCUGUCUGGAGUGGGCUAGCUGAGCUUUCCUGUAGUUGAAUAAUGAUAUUUUAUUAGAAAAAUCAUUUUUUUCCUUACACAUAUUGCAGGUUUUUCAUGUAGCAUCGCUUUUAAGGACUUAGUUUGUUUUUAAUGGUUUGUUCCACUAAAUGAUACAGUUAGUGCUGGUUCCUCCUGGAGCUCUUACCCAUUUUCCUGAAAAUUUCAUGUUUGAGAUGGUUUGCUGGAUACUCUGCUGCUCCUAUGAACACUCAGGCAGAAGAAUAAUGUAUUCAGACAGUAAACUGUGUUCAGACCCAGCUGCUGGCAGAAUUAGCUAACAAUGCAGAGCAGGAGCCAGAUGAAAAGAAAGAAAAUGAGUAAUUACUGAGAGAGAGGCUUAGCUGCACAAAAUUUACCUAGUUAAGGCCCUUGCAUAAAUAACAGAUAAGAGCAAUUCUUCAUAGAAAGUGUCUUGGAUAAGUGGAUACUUAAAAGUGUUUUGGCCCCAGCCCUGCAAGAUUGAUGCUUGACUUUGAUGGGAGUAAUUGUAUGUGGAACAUUAAAUCACAUGCU